UUGUGCGUCCGUGUGUAGGCCUGCGGGAGUACUUAGAUAUCUUUGCGUCAUGCAAAUUUGAAAUGAGUUGAACCAAGGAGGGCAUCACAUUCAGGCAAAACGAAAAGAAAGUAUGGCCGAUCACGAAGUUUUAUACCAAGCGAUAGUUACGGCACUUAUUGUGCUUCUGUUAUAUUCUAUUUUCUUCAGAUUAUGGAAAUGGUACAGCAUCUUCAGACUGCUCCCUCCUGGUCCUUGGGGGUGGCCAUUUAUUGGAUACCUCCCUAAACUUAAGACGAACAGGCAUCUGGUCCUAACGGAGUUAAGGAAGACGUACGGCGAUGUGUAUUGCCUGAAAAUAGGAGUACAUCGAGCUGUUGUUCUGAAUGGGUUGGAAACCGUUCGCCACGCCUUAGUUCAUUUAGGGGAAAACUUUGCAGGACGGCCGAGUUUUCAUACGUUUCAGUUCAUUGAAAACGGUAAUAGCAUGGCCUUUUGCGAUUUUGGUCCUCGUUGGAAAGUGAGAAGAACAAUUGCCUUAAAUGGACUGCGUGCGUUUUUAAGGGAUAAGGUUCACCCUGUUGAGAUUGCAAUGACAGAAGAAGCAAUAUAUCUGGUAGAGACAUUCUUGGGCAAUAGUGGAAAGCCUUUCAAUCCAGAAAACAGCGUAUAUCUUUCACUUGGUUCUAUAACAUUCGGUUUGUGUUUUUCGGAUCACACGUUAGGCCGCAGCGAUGCUGACUAUCUGAAACUGAUAAAAAGCGUCCGCGACUUUACUCAGAAUGUUGCGGCGUGUAAUUUGGUUGAUAUUUUGCCAUGGCUUCGAUAUUUAUGGAAAGACAAGCUCAAAAGUUUCAUUGAAGUUAAUAACACACUGCAAUCCAUUCUAAGUCGACAAGAGAGAGAGCACCUCGCAACUUUUGAGGAAGGUCACAUGCGGGACAUAUUGGAUUCCUUUAUUAAAACUUGCCGUGAAAUGAACGAAGAAAUUAAACAAGAAGUUCAACUCAAAGACGAGCAUAUAACUAACAUAGCUGCAGAUUUUCUUCGUGCAGGUACUGUCACUGUGUCGGCGACGCUAACAUGGGCUCUGCUCUACAUGAUAACAUAUCCCAAAAUACAAGAACGUCUGCAAAAAGAAGUCGAUGACGUCAUUGGUCCAGGGCGAAAUCCACGAUUGGAUGACAUGGGGUCUUUACCGUAUGCAGAGGCGUUCAUCUUGGAGACGCUGAGGAAAUCCUCAAUUUCCCCACUGUCUUUGCCCCACGCUACCACCAAGGACACUACUCUGUAUGGAUAUCAUAUCCCCAGGGGCACUUGGGUGAUCCCUAAUUUGUUUUCGAUAAGUCACGAUGAAAAAUUUUGGACGGACCCCCAUGUUUUCAGACCAGAACGCUUCUUAACGCCAGAGAACACUGUGGAUGAGAUUCUCGCCAAGAGUUUCCUCCCCUUCAGUGCCGGCAAACGGCGUUGUUUAGGGGAAUUACAGGCGCGCUGGGAACUUUUUCUUUUUGUCGCAACUGUCGUUCAACGUUGUCACUUUGAGAAAGUGCCCGGGGAAACGUAUGACUUGACUCCUGAAUUCGGACUGGUUCUGCAUCCAAAACAUUUUAAUAUCAUAGCCAAAUCGCGUUAG